GAGAAAGAGAGCGAGGGGGAGAGAGAGGGAGAGAGAGAGAGAGGGAGAGAGAGAGACAACAGGAAAAAGUGUCAGAGACAAAGGAGUGAGCAGUGUUUGUUGGAGGAGGAGAAGAGUUGUCGCUGUUGUGAGAGUGGAGCUGUGUCGGCGCUGACAGGAAAACCCUCCAGGAGUUUUUCCAGACAUCCUCCUCCGCUCCUGUUGCAUCUGUCCCAGUGGAAGUGGCGCUUCACGGUCAGCGAUGGGGAGAACUGCUAAGCUUUAGGCUCCUGGUGCCUGGAUGGAAAGAGCUGUCACUGCAGUGAGGAUGGAGGAAGUGGAAACACACAGAGAGCAACUGAUGGCUGUUUGAUGCACGACGCAGCUUUCAGCAGUUUCAUCUGGAGUGUCUUUUCUUUGUGAUUUUUUUUUUUUUAUUAUUGUUCUUCCUGGAUAUCCCAUCUUCAGUUCCACUUCCUCCUUGUGGCCUUUCCUCACGUGCAUCCUUCAGCAAGAACAGGUGUCGCUGUGUUGAAGCCACAGGUCUCAUUUACCUUGCAAACCCCCACCUCCCUCUCGACCACACACACACUAGCUCCUCUCUUCCAAGCGGCUGAGAGGUUGCUAUGGCAAUGGUUGCCAUGAUGCUGAUGUAGUAUCCUGAAGGUAGUAGCUGUGGAGGUAGUGGCGGGGCCAGAGGAGGGGGCAGCGGCGGUGGAGGCGAACAAGCCGAGAUGGGGAGCGCUCCGUGUCCGGCCGGCGAGUGGAAGGGGAGGGGGCGAGGAGGCCUGCAGGAGCUGGGCUGCAUGCCCUGGAAGGUCAGCAAGCAGAAGUAUGGAGGAGGAGGAGAGGUGGUGGUGGGAGCGGAGGAGAGGAGGUGCAGGGAUCCCAGGGACUCUCAACAGCAGCAGGAUCUCUCAUCUUCCUCCUCCUCCCUCACCCCUUCAGCGCCUCCCCAAUCCUCUUUGACACCUCCAGCCAUUUAUCAUGAGAAGCAGCGAAGGGAGCUGUGCGCCCUGCACGCGCUCAAUAACGUCUUCCAGGACGGGACAGCCUUCAGUCGGGACACCUUGCAGGAGAUAUACCAGAGGCUUUCUCCCAGCACUCUGGUGACGCCCCAUAAGAAGAGCAUGCUGGGAAAUGGGAACUAUGAUGUAAAUGUCAUUAUGGCAGCCCUGCAGACCCGAGGGUUUGAGGCAGUGUGGUGGGAUAAAAGAAGGGAUGUUGGCAGCAUUGAGCUUUCCAAUGUGACAGGCUUCAUUCUGAAUGUGCCGUCCAACCUGCGCUGGGGGCCCCUGCGGCUGCCGCUCAAACGCCAGCACUGGAUAGGAGUCCGAGAGGUGGGAGGAGUCUACUACAACCUGGACUCCAAGCUGCGUAGCCCUCAACCCAUCGGCAACCCGGAACAGCUCAGGAAGUUUCUUCGCCAGCAGCUGCGAGGGAAGAACUGUGAACUCCUAUUGGUCGUCUCAGAGGAAGUAGAGGCACGGCAAACGUGGCGCUCCGAUGGCUGAGGGGUUAACCAGCCAACCACAGCUCCAACUGGGCCAACAGCCAAUGUCAGAAUGAACGGAAGAGGAAGUUGAGUCGUGCACAGCCAAACACAUGGAUGCACACUUAAAGAUGUAUUUUUUUUUCCUUUUUUAUUUGGGUUUUGUUUACACGGCCUUUGCUGGACUCUUAUCUAAUAAGAUGCAAAGCAGUGAAGGAAACACUUUACAGGGAGAAUCAAAGAAUCACAGUCCUUUUCUCACAUCACAGUUGAGACUUAAGACAAGUUAUUAUUCUGUUUCUGCUACUCUUGUGUUUUUAUAUAUAUUGACUAUUUUUCAAUGUUUGUUUUUGAGCUGUUAUUUUUUUCUUUUUACUGUUCAAGUUUCCAAAGUGAGGGGAAUUCAGACUUUCUGAAAACAAGCUGUGUUAAUCUGCUUGUCUCCAUCGGCGAUCGUCCCCGCUUCAGUCACGAUGUUCACCCAUGUGUUUUCGUGUUCCUGUCUCUCCCUGUACGUUGUGAAAAAGCUGUCCGUUUCCUCCAUCCUUCACUUUCACCAAAGCGUGCCCUCCCUUACCUCAGUGCGACGCCAUCUUACUUCUCCUCUAUGUCACUUUGUUCAUAUCACAGGACAAAGUCAAUGAUCACGUUGCCAACUUCGUAUUUCAUCCUUUUUUCAGACAUUUCUGGUACAGACUGAGCCUGCACUGUGCAGAGGCUGUGCUGACACAACUGUUUUAUAAUGGCAACAAAGCAAUGCAACACACAGACCAUGCACUCCCUCUAGUGGAUCCUUAACCUCCGUUUCCUUCCUUGCUCUUUUUUAUAAGGUUUUCACAUUCAAAUGGUUACUACAGAGUAAAGAAGUAAUUAAAUACUAAUAAUAAUAAUCAUCCUUAGUAGAAUUUUACUGUAACAAUCAUCAAGUUAGGCCGAUAAAGAAACAGCACAUCGAAAUAAUUAAUAGAAUUUAACUUCUACAGUUCUAAUCUCAACUCAAGGGCCUCUUACUCGCUUGAUGUGAAGCUUUUGAUCAAAUUCUAUGGUGCUUGUCAGCAGAUUAAGUUGGCUCAGUUGUCAUGGAAAUGUAGAUGUUUAAACUUUCAACUCAUCAGCAGUAAAUUACAUUUAUAAAUCAGUUAAAUUAGUAAAUCUUUCAAAUCAACAUUUAAGUAAAUAGAUCAAAUGUUCUGGUUUGGACACUAAGUUUCACCCUUACUUCUGUUGUAACUGAGAAAAUGCUGACGACUAUUUUGAAAAGGUCAAAAUCUCCAGAGUGAGUGGACUUAGUUUCAGCACAUUAUUCACAAAAAUGUCAUAUAGGUGUAAAGAAAUAUUGUUUUACUUCUCCAUAUCACUACUCUUGCAUAAUUACUAAACAAAAGACACAACACAGAACAGGAGUGAAAUUUCAUUCUGUUCCUGUUUCUUUUUCAAAUGAUCCCCACCGCCGCAGCCCUCUGUAGCACAAGAGCUCAGCCGGUGCUCCUCCUCCUCUCAAAAAUCUCUUGUCAAACCUGCCAAACUCUGCUCCGACAGGAUGUUGCCCGUUGACCCACUGAGUCUGCUUCAAGUCAGCGGUGAUCUGUAAUGUGUAAGGGAUGUUGGUUCUGUGAAGGGAAGUUGUCAGUUUGAGAAACAGUGGAUGGAGCGUAACGUGCCUGGGUAGUGAAUAAUCUAGAAAGUUAUAACGUGAAAAGGAAACUGUAAGUGAAGUGACCACACGUCUUACCAGAUGUGUGUUUGUGGUUGGUCAUUGUGAAAUGGGCCUUAAAAGAGUCUGCUGUCGUAGCUUUCACAUCUAUCAGUUUAAGAUGUUUAUACAAGGAUUGUCUGUUUAUGACGAUAUUGGCCUUAACUUGUUUACAUUAGAAAAACAAAUAUAUGUAUAUGUGUGUUUCUCUGAAAGAGUGAGAGGGGCUGUGCAGUUCCAUGACAUUUCAAGAGAUUUAUUCCAAAGCACCACUUUAUCCUAAAUUUAGAGGAGGAACAACUCAUCCUCAACUGAUACACAGAUGAUCUCAUCUGUAAGGAUUCUUUUUUCACUUGUGCAGCCAAGGACUUUAUUUUAUUUACAAAAAUUUGAAGCAGAAUAAUUUCAAAUAUAACAUUAAUAUCUCAUGAUUUUCAAUGGUGCAGGUCCUAUCUUCAAUUCCAGUCCAGUGUGUGUCUACACACUCAAUGCCAUAAUAAAUUCAAGUGAAAUAUCAGAGGGGAUACGUGGACCCAUUCACAUCAUAACCAGUGUCUCGCAACUGCAUUCAAUUGUCUGUUUGUUUACUUUGGCUCGACAAUCCGUUCAGCUGUUCCUGCUUAAGGAAUAUUGAUUGUCACUUUUUUUUUGCAUAGAAAUAAAAUGCUUAUAAUGGCACUUUAUGUAUAAGCUA